AAACAGAGCAGAACUAUAUCCAGAAGGACAGUGCCUAGGAGAGGACAUGACACGGUCUCCGCUAUCACAGACCCCGGGGGGACAUCCGGCCAUCAUCCUCUUACACAAUGCAGAUUCCACUGCUGGGAAAUCUCCUGCACCUCGGUGUCAGCUCUAAUCACUGCAGACCAAGAAAAAGCCUGGAAACUCUGCCAGUGCAAGAACAUGGAGCAGGCGAGGGAGGGAGAGAACAGCUGCUCCAGAACAGAUGAUGUAGUUUCUGGCUCUUUAAAUCCUGCCGGCUAUGGGGAAGGGAGGCAGAGUAUAUGUGUGAGAAUGAGUGAAGGCAAGUCCAAUGAGUCUGCACAGCACCUCCCAGAAAAGAAAAAAAGUGUUUGCAUGGGACAGGGAUGUAUAUAAAGGCAUUCAGGAGGUUGAUGCUGCAUGUGAGCUGACAGGUAGCACAGCAGAGGGAGGCAGGGUAGAGGGCAGCCCAUACAUCUGCUGCUGGACGGGCACCGCUGGAUCAACAGCACUUAUACUCUCAUUGGGUUUUGUGUUCUGCCAGCUCUGGAUCUAUGGGUUCCUGAUCUGCUCUUUCCCCUUUAAGGCGAUUCUUUCCAGUUUUCGGGCUCCGGGUGAGUCAUGGUCACCAUGCUCACACAUCUGGCUGUCACCUCGUUGCUCGCUCUGGAUUUGCUUUUUCUCAGCACUUCUCUCUGCCACCCUCUGGAUGGGGUACUUGUCACCCCAAAAAGGCUGGAUCCUGAUAUCAAUGGAAGGCAAUACUUCAAGGAAGGCAAUGAACAGACUAAAGACACGGGAGUCAUUUUCCAGAUCUCUGCUUUCCAGGAGGAUUUUUAUCUAAAUUUGAGCCCUGAUUCUCAGUUUAUUGCACCAGCUUUUUCCAUGCAUUUCCCUGGCGCUCUCCCCAAACCGUCCCCAAGUGUCAGACAUUGUUUCUACUCUGGAGAUGUCAAUGCCGACCGGGAUUCAUUUGCAGCGCUCAGCCUCUGUGGAGGACUUCGGGGGGCUUUUGGCUACAGAGGAGUGGAGUAUGUAAUAAGCCCCCUAAAAAACAGCACUUUGGAGUUCCUGGGUAGUCAGCAGGGGCUGCACCUGCUGCAGAAAAGGAAAGCACUUUUCAGCUCAUCAGAUACCACAUCCAGGUGUGGGGUCAGCUCCGCACUGAACCAUGGCAUCAUGGAAGCUCUGCAGAGAUACAAGGGUUCCAAGCACCGCAAAAGCUACGUCAAUGGUACCAGAAACCGGGGUGGUCACCGCUCCAGACGUUUCGCUUCCAUCACCAGAUACGUGGAGACAUUAAUAGUGGCAGACGAAUCCAUGCUCAAGUUCCACGGGGAUGACUUACAGCACUAUCUACUAACCUUAAUGGCCACAGCUGCUCGAUUAUACCGUCACCCCAGCAUUCAGAACCCCAUUAAUAUAGUAGUGGUAAAAUUUAUGGUUCUGACCGAUGAUGGGAAGGGUCCAAAAGUGACCACCAACGCUGCCAUGACUCUGAGGAGCUUCUGUGCCUGGCAGAGGAAAUGGAACAAAGUGAGUGACAAGCACCCGGAGUACUGGGACACGGCCAUCCUGUUCACCAAACAGGAUCUGUGCGGCGCCUCCACCUGUGACACUCUGGGGAUGGCGGAUGUGGGUACCAUGUGCGAUCCGAAACGCAGCUGCUCUGUGAUUGAGGAUGACGGGCUCCCUUCAGCCUUCACAACGGCCCAUGAACUUGGUCACGUCUUCAACAUGCCACAUGACAACGUCAAGGCUUGUGAGGAGGUGUUUGGGAAGCUGAAGGAGAACCACAUGAUGUCGCCCACACUGAUACAGAUUGAUCGUGCCAAUCCAUGGUCUGGGUGCAGCGCUGCCAUUAUCACAGAUUUCUUGGACAAUGGGCAUGGUGAAUGUCUCCUCGAUGAACCAGCAAAGCCGAUAUUAUUGCCUGAUGAGCUCCCAGGGGUGGGCUACAGCCUAAACCGACAGUGUGAGCUCGCCUUUGGUCUGGGGUCGAAGCCUUGUCCUUAUAUGCAGUACUGCACUAAGCUGUGGUGUACAGGGAGAGCCCGGGGUCAACUGGUGUGCCAGACCCGACACUUUCCUUGGGCAGAUGGUACCAGCUGUGGCGAUGGGCGGUUCUGUCUGAAUGGAGCAUGUGUAGAGCGACACAACAUCAAGCGAUACAAGGUGGAUGGAUCAUGGGGCAAGUGGAGCCCGUAUGGGCAGUGCUCUCGGACCUGUGGUGGUGGGGUGCAGCUGGCCAGACGAGAGUGUAACAAUCCCGAGCCAUCCCAUGGAGGAGCCUAUUGUGAGGGUCUACGAGUCAAAUACAGAUCAUGUUCUCUCAAUCUCUGCCCUGACACCGGUAAAAGUUUCCGGGAGGAGCAGUGUGAGGCUUUCAAUGGCUUCAAUCACAGCACAAAUCGCCUGACAUCCACGGUUGGAUGGGUCCCCAAAUACUCUGGGGUGUCACUGAGGGAUAAAUGUAAGCUGAUCUGCAGGGCAAACGGCACCGGUUACUUCUAUGUGCUGGCACCAAAGGUCGUCGAUGGGACCCCAUGCGCCCCUGACUCCACCUCUGUCUGUGUGCAAGGAAAGUGCAUCAAAGCCGGCUGUGAUGGUCAACUGGGGUCCAAGAAGAAGUUUGACAAAUGUCGAGUAUGUGGUGGGGACAAUAAGAGCUGCAAGAAGGUCUCUGGUCUUUUUACUAAACCCAUACACGGGUAUAAUUUUGUGGUCACAGUUCCUGCCGGCGCCAGUAACUUGGACGUGAGACAACGUGGGUAUAAAGGUCUCAUCAGCGACGAUAAUUACCUUGCAGUGAAAAAUGGACAAGGCCGAUACCUGCUAAAUGGGAAUUACAUUGUUUCCGCGGUGGAGAGGGACAUCCUGGUACGUGGGAGCCUCCUGAAGUAUACGGGCACGGGCACUGCAGUGGAAGCCUUACAGGCUGUUGGUGCAAUUCAUGAACCCCUGACUAUAGAAGUCUUAUGUGUUGGGAAGAUGACCCCUCCACGGCUGAGAUACUCAUUUUACAUUUCAAGGGAGAAGAAAGACAGUAAAACCAUACAAGUAAUAAGCAAUAGUCUUGCUGCUCUUGCACCUCCACCUCCCCGGCCAAGACCUCAGUCUCACUGGACAGCAGGUAGCUGGGGGUCAUGCUCCGUUUCAUGUGGUGAUGGACAGCAGACUCGAAAAGUCGAAUGCCGAGACCCCUGGGAGCAGCUGGCAUCUGACUGCCAAGCCUCACUGCGUCCAUCUGAAAUAAGGACCUGUGGUGACCCAUGCCCAGUGUGGGAGGCUGGAGAAUGGACAAUGUGCUCAAAGACCUGCGGUCGGGGAUUUAAGAGACGGCAAUUGCGUUGUAGCGCUGGAGGUGGAGUUACAUUACCAAGAGAGCACUGCACACUGAAACGAAAACCUCAGGAACUAGACUUCUGUAUUAUGGGUCCAUGUUAGCCCAAAGGACUGAAAGGGGCAAAUAACUCUGAUAAAUGUAGAGCUGUGCUUCGCACAGGAUAAUGGUGAAUGUGUUGCGCUCCAGCCCAAGCUGGUGGAGACCCACAUUUCAUGACCAAAGGGACUACUUUUACAUUGAGACGUCAGAGUGGAGAACAUUGUGGACAUCUGAAGGUUAAUGCUUUGCACUUUUAUUAGUUGCGUCUUGUGUUGAUUAUGUUUAUGGAUAAUCCUGCAAUGUGUGUGUCACACUCGCCAACAUUGGCUUUCACCUCAUAGCUCUUGUUGUGGAGUCAAUGGAUGAGUUUGCACAGAAGUUUUGUCACUAUGUGAUCAGUCACGUCUCUAAGUUCUACCAAUCUAGAAUCUGGCCAAAUGCUUGAAAAGGAGGCAGACAUACUCCGAAAAGUUCCUGUCUAUGUGCUUCUCCUUCCCUAAUGGGAAGUGGAUGCAACAGUGAAAUCUAUGCAGGAAGACAUAGGGAGAGCCAAGUGUGUCCUCCAUUCUGUGUCUAAUAUGGGGUUACUGGAACUACAGACCCAUCUUCCUUUUGGUGACAUGCUUCACUCAUAGAUCAUUGGAUGAUCAGUACAUUUUUUUUUUUUUUACUUGAAGGAUUUGAAGACCCCAAGGUGUUUCCUCUAGCACUAUUAAAAAUGGGGAUUUAUCCCAAUGGUCAUAGUCAUGGCUAUAAGAAGACAAAUGACCAAUGUACUAUCGAUUGGACAUAGGAUUAUGAUUGGGUAAUGACCACAAGGUGAAGACUCUGUUUUUAAUUUCAGUCCUGUACACCCUUGGAAAGAGCAUCAAAACCAAAUUCAGUAUCUCGUAGACACGUGACUGUCACAGCAGUGUCCAGUGUUAUAUGAAGGACAGACAUAUAGUUGGGUCAGGCCCAGUGCAGCUAUUUACGAUCAUGUUUUCCCAUCAGAUAUUGGGUCAUGGUGAAAACAAUAUUGGCCUUUAGACAUGAAAUAGGGGGAAGUUCUUAGAAUUAUUGAUUUUAAGGAGAAUGGGAACAAAGAAAAGACAUGGACCUCUCACCACUGUGAGACAUCACACAUGGACUAAAAUUGCACAUAUUAGUUCAACCAAGUUCUUUACGACUGUUACACGUGAGUGACAUUGUGCUUUACGACUCCAGAUCCACGUCAGUGAUAGUGAACAACAGGACAAGUAUGGGGUUAAACAAACCUCCAGAUAAAUCUACCUCUACGUAUCACCUGUACGGGAUGAUGGAGCAGACGAGAGGCUAUAGAUAUGAGUGAUAUGAAUGAUCAUUCAUUCCUGUCCUCAAAUUGGGUUCUUAGCUUUUGUCAUUCACACUCUGCAGCAAUGAGCCCUCAUCACCUGACGCUUUUCAUUGAACUUACGAAGACUGCAAGUAGCCAAAUAAUUUUACUCCUUUAGAUGAUGAACUCUGUUAAACAGGUGCUAAGACUUGGGUGUCCAUCCCUGGUCAUCUAUACGGCAGCCAUAGGGAGCCCAGUCACCAGUUGUUUUGCCGGGACUACCUGGUCUAUAGAAUGGGGCAUUACAUUUCACGAGUCUAUGAACAAAGUACAAGCACCAGAAUUUCUGAAUUUUCCUAGAAGAUCGGAAUUUUCGUGUCACUACAUAGCAUAAGGUUAUUAGAGGCUCUGAUGAGUAUUUGGUCAGCCCCUAAUACACAGGCUCUGGUAGUUAUUUGGUCAGCCUUUAAUAUAGAAAGCAGCGAUUAUGUGGUCAUUCCCUGAUAUAAAACCGUAGUGACUAUUUGGUCUUAUUUCUAAUAUGUAGGGUAGUGAUUUCCUGUUUUUUUUCCCCCCCUAUUAUAAAGGGGGAGUGAUUAUCUGGUCCUUCUGUGAAAUAUAAGGGGUAGUGAUUAUCUGGUCCUUCCCUUAUAUAUAACAUAGUGAUGAUCUGCUCUUUCCUUUAUAUAGAGAGUAGAAAUGAUGUGGUCCUUCCCUUUUAUAGAUGGAAGUGAUUACCAGGUUCUUUCCUAAUAUAAAAACUAGCAACUGUCUGGUCCUAAUAUAGAGGGUAGUGAUUAUCUGUUGCCUCCCUGAUAUAAAAGAUGGUGAUUAUCUGGCCAUUCUUAUCUGGUUAAUCUAAAGAACCUUGUUAUACCAAGCUGUUCAUGUUCUUAUCUCUGCAAAGUACAACCAAUGUGGGAAUCCUGAGCUCCUGACACCGGAGAUCUCACCUCCAAUCCUGCCCUUUAAGGACCGGUGUUACUGGGAUGUAAUGAUGUUGUGACGGACAAGGCUGAUAAUACCCAUGUGGGAGAUCUCAGUUCUGUGUAUGUUUCUUUUUGUACAUUUACUUUACAAUAUUUUUUAUAAAACAGAAGACAAGCCAAAGUAGCGGCUGCUAAAAUCUGUAUACUGUGUAUACUCUGUAUGGGCAUGAGUGAUAAAGAAUAAACACUUACUGAAACCACUGGCUGUUUAUUACUUCU